UGAACGUUACAGUGGGGGUUGGAACCUCCUUGUAUAACAAAGCUGAGCAUGUGCCUUGCGAGCUCAUCAGUGCUGCAGUUUGACAGUGAGCAGUGAUGUUUGUCUAAGAGGAUUGGUGGCCAGAAAUAAGUCACACUGUCUAAUGAGACACAGGGACACAGCCGGGCAAGAUGCCAUGGCAUUUCUUGCGUGUGCCUUUCUCAUAAGCAAAAUGGCCUCGUGCUGAAGAGGAUGGUCACACAGUCUGAGGAAUUACAGGUCAGAGUGGAAUUUUCGGGUUUAAUGGAGAUCUAAGUAAGCUCUAGAUUUGGAAAUGAGUGAAUCUGUGGAACUGUGAUCUCCUGCAAAUCCAAUGGGGAAUGUCUGUGGAUGUGUAAAAGCUGAGAAAGAAGAACAGUAUUUAGAUCCUGCCAAAACUCCUUGGAGCCCUGAAAAAUAUUCUCCCGGAAGAAAAUAUUUCAGAAGAAAACCAAUCAAGAAAAUUGUAAAUGACACAGAGCCAGGAGAGCCAAACAAUGAAAAUGAAGGAAAGAAGAAGAGCAGCAUUCAGCUCUCUAGAGAACAGCCGGUUCUUUUGUCCAGGGGACUGGCACAGGGAGAAUCUGCUGCCCCAGACCUCACAUUGGAAGAUGGUAUUCGGCAAAAGAAGGCAGAAGUGGUAGCUGACGGCGUUAAGCAGAAACUUUUGCCGAGUGCUGUGAGUAGUUGGCCUUACGGUGUGAACAUUUCCCCUGCUGAAGGCAGUGAAACAGAAAUAAAAGUUAGUGAGCUGGACGAAGGGAUUUCAGAAAAAGACAGCACUCCAUAUUGUGCAAAGAGGAAGAAGCAUGUAGAUGAUGUCAACACAAGAGAAGUAACAUUCCAGUGCAAAACUGAUGUUUUUUCUUUACGAAACGCAGCCAGCGUCAGUUCCACUGACUGUGGUACAGAGAGAGCACUUGAAAAAAGUGAGUUCUCUGAAGACCCAUCAAAAACUUUUAGCAGUGGUCAGGAAAAACAAAACACUGAGAGAUUUUGUCCUCAUGAAAUACACCAUUUUCAGCUUGGAAAAGAGAGAUGUCAUUCCCUCUGUACUAACGUGCCCUCUACUUCCAGGGACACUAAUGAAAAUGAGAUCUCUGACAUCCAUGUCACCGGGGAGUCAGAAGACAUGUCUGCUAAGGAGAGGUUGCUCCUGUGGACGCAGCAGGCAACCGAGGGUUAUGCUGGAGUACGGUGCGAAAAUUUCACUACCUGCUGGAGGGAUGGAAAACUAUUUAAUGCCAUCAUUCAUAAAUACAGGCCGGACCUGAUAGACAUGAAUACUGUUGCUGUUCAAAGCAACCUUGCAAAUUUAGAGCAUGCUUUUUAUGUAGCAGAAAAAAUUGGUGUCAUCAGACUUCUGGAUCCGGAGGAUGUUGAUGUCUCCUCUCCCGAUGAAAAGUCAGUAAUAACGUACGUGUCAUCUCUUUAUGAUGCCUUUCCCAAAGUCCCGGAAGGCGGUGAAGGCAUCGGUGCAAAUGAUGUUGAAGUCAAAUGGAUUGAAUACCAGAACAUGGUGAACUACCUCAUCCAGUGGAUUCGACACCAUGUGACCACAAUGUCUGACAGAACGUUUCCUAAUAAUCCUGUAGAACUGAAGGCACUUUACAAUCAGUAUUUACAGUUUAAAGAAACAGAAAUUCCACCAAAGGAGACAGAAAAAUCAAAAAUCAAACGCCUAUAUAAAUUAUUAGAGAUAUGGAUAGAAUUCGGACGCAUCAAGUUGCUUCAAGGUUAUCAUCCAAAUGACAUAGAGAAAGAGUGGGGGAAACUCAUCAUUGCCAUGCUCGAGAGGGAGAAGGCCCUUCGGCCUGAGGUGGAAAGGUUGGAAAUGUUGCAGCAGAUUGCCAACCGAGUUCAGAGGGACAGUGUCAUCUGUGAAGACAAACUGAUACUUGCUCGAAAUGCUCUUCAAUCUGAUUCUAAAAGGUUAGAAUCAGGGGUGCAGUUUCAGAAUGAAGCAGAAAUUGCCGGGUACAUACUUGAAUGUGAGAACCUUUUACGCCAGCAUGUAAUUGAUGUGCAGAUACUCAUUGAUGGAAAGUACUACCAUGCAGAUCAAUUGCUACAGAGGGUUGCAAAACUGCGUGAUGAAAUUAUGGCCUUAAGGAAUGAAUGUUCCUCAGUGUAUAGCAAAGGACGCAUGCUGACAACAGAACAGACGAAGCUCAUGAUAUCAGGAAUCACUCAAAGUUUAAACUCAGGGUUUGCACAGACCUUAAACCCCAGUCUGAACUCAGGGCUGACCCAGAGUUUCACGCCUUCCCUGACCCCUUCUAGUAUGAAAUCAGGCCUGUCCUCAGGUUUGUCUUCCCACCUAACUCCAUCCCUCACUCCAGCUUAUACACCUGGUUUCACAACUGGAUUAGUUCCAAAUUUCAAUUCAGGAGUAGAGACAAAUUCAUUGCAAACCCUGAAGUUGAUGCAGAUCCGGAAACCCCUUCUAAAGUCUUCUUUGUUGGAUCAGAAUUUAACAGAAGAGGAAAUCAACAUGAAAUUUGUUCAGGAUCUUUUGAAUUGGGUUGAUGAAAUGCAGGGGCAGCUGGACCGCACUGAAUGGGGAUCGGAUUUGCCAAGUGUUGAAAGCCAUUUAGAAAAUCACAAAAAUGUUCACCGAGCUAUAGAAGAAUUUGAAACUAGCCUUAAAGAAGCUAAGAUUAGUGAGAUCCAAAUGACGGCACCUCUUAAGCUAACUUAUGCAGAAAAGUUGCACAGAUUAGAGAGUCUGUAUGCAAAACUCUUGAAUACAUCCAGGAAUCAGGAACGGCACCUUGACACACUCCAUAAUUUUAUAACUCGUGCUACGAAUGAACUUAUUUGGCUGAAUGAAAAAGAAGAGGAGGAGGUUGCUUACGACUGGAGUGAAAGAAAUACCAACAUAGCUCGGAAAAAAGAAUACCAUGCUGAAUUAAUGAGAGAACUGGAGCAAAAGGAAGAAAAUAUUAAGUCAGUUCAGGAGAUAGCAGAGCAGCUACUUCUGGAGAAUCACCCAGCCCGAUUAACUAUUGAGGCCUACCGCGCGGCGAUGCAGACGCAGUGGAGCUGGAUCCUGCAGCUCUGCCAGUGUGUGGAGCAGCACGCCAAGGAAAACACUGCCUACUUCGAGUUUUUCAAUGAUGCCAAAGAAGCUAAUGAUUACUUAAGGAAUCUGAAAGAUGCCAUUCAGCGGAAGUAUAGCUGUGAUAGAUCGAGCAGCAUUCACAGGCUGGAAGACCUUGUGCAGGAGUCAAUGGAAGAGAAAGAAGAACUUCUGCAGUAUAAAAGCACAGUGGCCAGCCUGAUGGGGAGAGCAAAAACCAUAAUUCAGCUGAAGCCUAGGAAUCCGGACUGUCUGCUCAAAACAUCUAUUCCAAUCAAAGCCAUCUGUGACUACAGACAAAUUGAGAUAACCAUAUACAAAGAUGAUGAAUGCGUUUUGGCGAACAACUCUCAUCGUGCUAAAUGGAAGGUCAUUAGCCCUACUGGGAAUGAGGCGAUGGUGCCAUCCAUGUGCUUCACAGUCCCUCCCCCAAACAAAGAAGCAGUUGACUUUGCAAACAGAAUUGAGCAACAGUACCAGAAUGUCCUAACUCUUUGGCAUGAGACGCAUAUAAACAUGAAGAGUGUAGUAUCCUGGCAUUAUCUCAUCGAUGAAAUUGAUAAAAUCCGGGCUAGCAAUGUGGCUUCUAUAAAGACAAUGUUACCUGGUGAGCACCAGCAAGUUCUGAGUAAUCUGCAGUCUCGUUUUGAAGAUUUUCUGGAAGAUAGCCAGGAAUCCCAAGUAUUUUCAGGCUCAGAUAUAACACAGCUGGAAAAGGAGGUUAAUGUGUGUAAGCAGUAUUAUCAAGAACUUCUUAAAUCUGCAGAAAGAGAGGAACAAGAGGAGUCAGUGUACAAUCUCUACAUCUCUGAAGUGAGAAACAUUAGACUCCGGUUAGAGAACUGUGAAGAUCGGUUGAUUAGACAGAUCCGAACUCCACUGGAAAGAGACGAUUUGCACGAAAGUGUGUUCAGAAUCACAGAGCAGGAGAAACUAAAGAAGGAGCUGGAGCGUCUCAAAGAUGAUUUGGGAACAAUCACAAAUAAAUGUGAGGAAUUUUUCAGUCAAGCCGCAGCCUCUACAUCGGUUCCCACCUUACGGUCUGAGCUCAGUGUGGUUAUUCAGAACAUGAACCAAAUCUAUUCUAUGUCUUCCACUUACAUAGACAAGUUGAAAACUGUUAAUUUGGUAUUAAAAAACACUCAAGCUGCAGAAGCCCUUGUAAAACUUUAUGAAACUAAACUGUGUGAAGAAGAAGCAGUUAUAGCAGACAAGAAUAAUAUCGAGAAUCUCAUAAGUACUUUAAAGCAAUGGAGAGCUGAAGUAGAUGAAAAGAGAGAGGUGUUCCAUGACUUAGAGGAUGAGCUGCAGAAGGCGAAAGCCAUCAGUGAUGAAAUGUUUAAGACCUACAAAGAACGGGACCUCGAUUUUGACUGGCACAAAGAAAAAGCAGAUCAGUUAGCUGAGAGGUGGCAACACGUUCAUGCUCAGAUUGACAACAGGUUACGGGAUUUAGAAGGCAUUGGCAAAUCACUGAAGUACUACAGAGAUACCUAUCACUCUUUAGAUGACUGGAUCCAACAAGUUGAAAUUACUCAGAGAAAGAUUCAGGAAAAUCAGCCUGAAAAUAGUAAAACCCUAGCCACCCAGCUAAAUCAACAAAAGAUGCUGGUGUCAGAAAUAGAAAUGAAACAGAGCAAAAUGGAUGAGUGUCAAAAACACGCAGAACAGUACUCAACUACAGUGAAGGACUACGAAUUACAGACAAUGACCUACCGGGCCAUGGUAGACUCCCAGCAAAAAUCCCCAGUGAAGCGCCGAAGAAUGCAGAGCUCCGCCGAUCUCAUUAUUCAAGAGUUCAUGGACCUACGGACACGAUACACUGCUCUGGUCACCCUCAUGACGCAGUACGUUAAAUUUGCUGGUGACUCACUGAAGAGGCUAGAAGAGGAAGAGAAAUCACUGGAAGAAGAAAAGAAAGAAUAUGUUGAAAAAGCCAAAGAAUUACAGAAAUGGGUAUCAAAUAUCAGCAAGACAUUGAGAGAUGGAGAGAAGUCUGGAAAAUCUCCCUUCUCUAAGCAAAAGAUUUCCAGUGAAGAAAUAUUAACCAAGAAGGAACAGUUAUCUGAGGCACUUCAGACUAUGCAGCUAUUUUUGGCUAAACAUGGAGACAAAAUGACAGAUGAAGAAAGAAAUGAACUGGAAAAACAAGUAAAAGCUCUUCAAGAAAGUUAUAAUUUAUUUAGUGAAUCUCUGAAACAACUUCAAGAAUCAGAAACUGUGGGAGAUGUAAAGGUAGAGGAGAAGCUGGAUAAAGUGAUUGCAGGCACCAUUGAUCAGACAACUGGAGAAGUCCUUUCAGUCUUUCAGGCAGUUUUAAGAGGCCUUAUUGACUAUGACACAGGAAUAAGGUUGCUUGAGACACAGCUAAUGAUUUCUGGUCUAAUUUCACCAGAAUUAAGAAAAUGCUUUGACCUCAAAGGUGCCGAAAGUCAUGGCCUCAUUGAUGAACAAGUUGUAUGCCAACUCCAAGAACUUUAUCAAGCCAAAGAGAUUAUUUCUACUGUGUCUUCCAUCACAGUUCCAGUGCUGGAUGCUCUGGCUCAAGGCGUGAUAUCAGAGUCCAUGGCCGUGAGAGUCCUGGAGAUACAGCUUUCCACAGGCUUGCUAGUCAUUCCAGCCACAGGAGAACAGUUGACCCUGCAGAAGGCUUUCCAACAGAACUUGGUUUCCUCAGCAUUAUUUUCUAAAGUCUUGGAAAGGCAAAAUACAUGCAGAGAUCUUAUUGAUCCAUGUACCUCUGAGAGGGUAUCUUUGAUAGAUAUUAUGGAAAGAAGUAUUUUACAGGAAAGCACUGGGAUGCGGCUCCUACCUGUGAGACCACAAGAAGGAGGCAGAAUAACAUUAAAAUGUGGGAGAAACAUUAGCAUUUUAAGAGCAGCUCAUGAAGGUCUCAUAGACCGUGAAACUAUGUUCAGGUUAUUAGGUGCACAGCUUCUUUCUGGAGGUCUGGUCAACUGCAGCUCUGGUCAAAGAAUGACUAUUGAAGAAGCUGUGGCAGAAGGGGUGAUUGAUAGGGAUACUGCCAACAGUAUUCUAACCUAUCAGGUUCAGACAGGUGGAAUCAUCCACUCUAACCCUGCUAAACGUUUAACUGUCGAUGAAGCAGUCCAGUGUGAUUUAAUAACCUCGAGCAGUGCUCUCUUGGUGCUAGAGGCUCAGCGAGGCUACGUUGGACUCAUUUGGCCUCACUCUGGUGAAAUAUUUCCCACAUCUUCUUCCCUGCAGCAGAAGUUGAUUACAAAUGAACUGGCAUACAAAAUCCUGAAUGGUAGGCAGAAAAUAGCUGCUCUGUAUAUUCCAGAAACCUCUCAAGUCAUUGAUUUAGAUGUUGCACAGCAGCUAGGAAUUAUAGAUAAUAACACAACAUUGAUUUUAAAAAGUAUAAUACUGCCUGAUAAAAUGCCAGAUUUGGGAGAUGUAGAAGCUUGUAAGAACGCCAAGAGAUGGCUCUCUUUUUGUAAAUUCCAGCCAUCUACAGCCCACAAUUAUGGACAAGAAGAGGAUACUUGUGAUGGAGAAGAGCCCGUGGCAGCACAGAGCUCAGAACAGACUAAAAAAUUAUUCCUGUCUUAUUUGAUGAUAAACAGCUAUAUGGAUGUGAACACAGGGCAGAGGCUUUUGCUGUAUGAUGGGGACUUGAACGAGGCUGUUGCUAUGCUCCUGGAAGGCUGCAGUGCAGACUUUGAUGAAGAUACGUCCAUGAAAGAAUGCACUGAUAUCCUAAGGCUCCCUGGUGUGUUUCUGAAUAAUGCCCCAAGUAAAGAGAAGGAUAACAGUAUAACUUCACCAGAUAGUUUUGAGCAAUGUUAUUGCAGAGAACCUAAACAUAAAGAAAUGCCUGAAAAUAGAAAGCAUGCCUUAGAUGAAGGGUUUAAUGAAAUGGGAAAUAAUGUCCUCAGUGAGUGUGACCAGUCAGAAAACCGGGCAAAUGCAAUAGUAACAGAACAUACAGUUGAGAAUCCAUCCAGUGUGUAUCUUCCCAAUUCUGGAUCAUAUUUUACACAGUCUGAACUUGCCAAAGUUAGCAGACUUAGACGAGGCUCUGGAAACACACCUAAAAACUGUGAAAAUCAAAGUCAAGUUGAAACAAAGGAACAUGUAGAUGAAUGUAGUCAUCCUAAAAACAUUGAUAACCUUGCAAGUAAUUUGAUAACAACUUCCGUUGAAAAGUCAAAAACUAGUAGAAUGUGUGACUUGAAAGAAACAGAGAUUGAAGAUAAUAUGAACAAGGACUCUGCUAUCUUUGACUAUUCCCCAAGGCUGAGUGCCUUGUUAAGUCAUGAUAAAUCGAGGAACGAUCAGGGAAGCUUUAAUAAUUUACACACCACAGAGAGUGAUGGAAAUAAAUGUGAAGACUCUACAUUGCCAUCCAAUGAGCAAACCACUUUAUUGGGACCAAGAGUGGGAGAAAAUCUUCAAGGCCAGUUUCUAGGAAUUGCAGCUAUUAACAUCAGUUUGAAGGAGGAGCACUGUGGACAGAAACCUUUAAAUAUUGGUUAUAGUGAUCCUCAGGUACAAUAUCACAAUGGUAAAUACAUUUCAGAUACUUGUGGAGAAGGUGAGCAAAUACAUGCUGCUUCUCAACAGAAACCUAAAAACACGCAAAAUGAGUCCAAAGUGGAAGAGCACUCCUGGGCCAUAGCACCGAGGGGCGAUGUAGAUAGUACCGACGCAUCCUAUGUUUGUGGCACACCACUGUGUGAAGAGGCCAUCAGUGCUGGUGACUAUGAAACGUCACUCCUGGAUGACCAGCAGAGGGACACGGAAACAGACAGUGAUAGUGACGAUGAUUUUUAUGAUACUCCCUUGUUUGAAGAUGAUGACCAUGAUUCUUUGCUCCUUGAAAGUGGUGAUUGUGAUGGUCUGCAACCUGAGGACUGUGACACACUGCAAGAGGAAAACGAUGGGGCUGCUUCUCCUGGCAGUAUUUUCUAUGAUGUUCCAAAAGAGAAUGAAAAUUCCAUGGUGACUCAGGCGGGGCUAGUGGAGAGCUUAAGAGUGAGGAGGAAAUCACAGUCUUUUCAGGAUUGUCUCAUAGGUAGUGAGAAAGCUGAAUUAGAUGCUGAUGAAAGAAUACAUUUAAAUUCACUUGACUCAUACAAGGUCAAUGAACAGUUGCUGGAAACUGUGUCAGACAGGGAAAGUGCAGAUAACCCAGAAAGUGAUGAGUCUGACUUAUUGACUGAUUCUGAAACUGUAGGAGGGAAAGAGAGCUUCAGUGCCUCUUUAAAAUUCGAUGACACUGGCUGUUGGAGAGGGAGAGGAGAAGAAUAUAUAACUGGAGAAGAAUUUAAUUCUGAUACCGAUCAUUUAGAUUCUAUGCAAAAUGAAGACAGUUAUGGGGAUUACAUAUGUGACAGUAAUGAUCAGGAUGAUGAUGAUGAAGAACAGGAAGAAGAAGAAGGGGGAGAUGAGAAGGAAAAGCCCGUGUGCCAAGAUGAGGCUGAAGAUAUAGAGAUGCAGUUGUGUGUUACCACCACAAAUGAAAAGGAAAAUAGCCUUGAAAAUCAAAGUACUAAUACAAUGAUUCUCCUGCACCAAAAGCACAAUUAUAAUUCUUUAGAAAAACAGCAAAUUGUAAAUAUUUUACAGCUAGGAUCAAGCACUAAAAGUAGCUUAGUUGCUGAAAGAGACAAUCUUCCAGAAUACACAACUGAGGUUGUUGGGAAAAAAAAAGAAAAUCUGUUGAAUCCUGAGAUGGCCCUAAAGGAUAUAUCGCUGCCUAUCACUGAGUCAGAAGACACCUUUGGCCCUGUGGAUGUUUUACAUAAUACUUAUAUCAGUUCAACUUCUGAUGAAACCGUUUGUUCUGAGCCUGAUUUAACAGGAAAACCUGCUGAGGGAGGCCAUUUGUCAUCUGUGGACUCUGUAACUGAUAAAGAUCAGCAAGGAAAUGGAAGAGAUGUAGUUGAAAAGAGAAAUGACAAAAACAAUAUACUAACAGAAGAUAAAACAUCAGUUCAUAAAAUGUGCUCAGGAGAAGAACCCAUAGAAGGUCCAGUAGAAGAUAAUGAACAUCUCAAACUUUUGCCUAGUGAAAGGAUGAGGGAGAAUCUGAAUUUAGUUAGUAGUAAGUUUCCAUUUCCACAAAUCACAAACAGUGAAGAACAUAAUCCUAAAGGAAGCCUUAGAAAAGCAACUGUAGCUGUUAAAGAUGAAGCAAAGAAUCUAAAAACAGUUGGUAGUCAAAGUCCUGUUCACUUUGAGAAUCUUGCAGAAAUAUUUGACUCAUCAGUUUCCAAAGUGAUCAGUGAUGUUACUUCAGACAUAUUGCCUGAAGGGAAUACAAGUACUGAGACAGAUUCACUCACUGACAGACCAGGGGAAGAGCCUGAUCUGUUUACUUAUUUAAAGCAUUGUGCAAAAAAUGUAAAAGCAAAAGAUGGACUGAAGUCAAAUGCAGAAAUCCCAAGCUGCAAUCUAAUAGCUUCCCCUCCCAUGAAAGACCACUUAGAAUUAGGAAUUGAUAAUGCAAAACGGAAGGCAGCCUUCACUCAGGAAGACUCUCCUGUAAAUGAGACAGUUCAGCAGAAUGACCUUUGUACUAGAGAAGAUGUCUCAGAAGGAGGAACAGAAAUCCCUCAGCUCACAUCAGUGAGAACUGAAAGCACACUUUCGGUCUCACCUCUGAGGAAUGUGGAAUGCCUUGGGGAAAAUACUGAUUCUGUGCCAUCGGGCCUCAGCACAAGAGGAAUACGAAGUGAUAACUCCAGUAACACUUUAAGCACUAACUACUCAUUUUUAGAAAUGAACACUGAAAAAAAAAUAAUUGAGCAACAGCCACAAAAGGAACAAACCUUGUCUCCAGGAUUUCAAGAAAAGGAGGUUCACAUUCCUGAGCUGUCUCAGAUAUUUGUUGAGGAUGUAAAGCACAUCUUAAAGAGUAGAUUGAAAGAAGGUCAUAUGAAUUCUCAAGAGGUCGGAGAACCUGCAGCCUGUGCAGACACUAAAAUUUUAAUUCAAAGCUUAACUAAAAGGAUGAGCACAUCACAGGUGGUAAAGGAAGCAUCUUGUGUGCCCAGAGAUGACUCGAAGAUCAGUGACUCUCCUGGAAUUUCCCCAAACAACCCACCAGAAAUAAGACCAGGGAGUAGAGAUGAUCCAUUCUCUAUUGCAGAUCUUAAGUCUGAGCUUCUCCUUGAUGUACUUAAGCAAAAUCAAUAUACCCAAAAUAUUACAGGAGCAUUUGAAUUGACAAAGGAAUUAACUCAGAUGGGAUAUGAUCUGGAGAAAAUAGGCAUUACAUCUAAUGUAGUUCCACAGCAACCUGAAAAAAUUUUCUGUAAGCCGCUUUCUGAUGGCUGUUCAGACAAAGCAGGACAGUUUGGAAACUUGACUCAAAAAUCAUCUCCUACUUCUGAGGUGGUGGAUGGAAACCCACAUCUUCUUGAUGAUCUUAAAAGCAAAGAAGAACACCAUGGUUCUCUUAAUUCACAAAAUACAGAAGAAAGUGGACCAGAAAACUUGACUGUACGAGCAUCAGCCUUACCAAGAGACAAGAAGCUGGAGGAGAAAUGCAAUGAUUUCCCGGACCAUUUGGAAUGUAUUUCAGGGUCAGAAGAAAUGACUUCUGGGGAGAGCUCAAUGGAACAAUUUUCCAAGGAGUUACAGCAGUGUUUACAGCACACAUCAAAAAUGCACGAGUAUUUGGCUUUGCUUCAAGAUAUGAAGUCUCCCUUAAACACUCCAGAGUCUCUGGAUAACAGUCUAGAAGUUUUGAAGAACCAACUUAAACAGUUAGAGGCAUUCGAGUUGGGAUUGGCUCCAAUUGCUGUUAUCUUAAGAAAAGACAUGAAGUUGGCAGAAGAGUUUUUAAAGUCUCUUCCCAGUAACUUUCCUAGAGACCAUCUUGAGGAACUGAGUAGAAGCCACCGAAGUUUGCAGAAUGCCUUCUCUUCCCUCAGCGAAGCGUCUUCAGAGAGAAUGGGGCACAUCGUGCUCGCAAUUGACUGUGAAAUGUCAAAACUAGCUGUUUCCCAGGAAGAAUUUCUGCACAGACUGAAGUCGUUCUCACAUUGGAUAGCAGAGAAGAGCAAGUCUGUGAAGGAUAUGGAGGCUGGGAAUGUUCAAGGUACCCAGCACGUAAGGCAGAGUUUGGAGUUUCUUAAGGGUGUGCUGAAAGACCUUGGCCACACUAAAACGCAGCUGGAGACGACCGCCUUCGAUGUGCAGUUCUUCAUUUCUGAGCACGCGCAAGACCUGUCUCCCAGCCAGAGCAAACAACUGCUGCUGCUCUUAAAUAAAACUCAGAAGUGCUUUCUUGAUGUGCAGGAAUCAGUAACUGCCCAGGUGGAACAUUUAGAAACUCAGUUACAGCUAGAACAAGACCUGGAUGAUCAGAAGAACGUGGCAGAGCGUCAGCAGGAGUACAAAGAGAAACUCCAGGGCAUCUGUGAUCUCCUGACCCAGACUGAAAACCGCCUGAUUGGGCACCAGGAAGCCUUUGUGAUUGGAGACGGCACUGUUGAGCUAAAGAAGUACCAGUCCAAGCAAGAGGAAUUACAGAAAGAUAUGCAAGGAAGUGCACAGGCAUUGGCAGAAAUAGUGAAAAACACAGAGAACUUCUUAAAAGAGAAUGGCGAGAAGCUGUCACGAGAAGACAAGGCUUUGAUUGAACAGAAGCUCAGUGAAGCUAAGACAAAGUGUGAACAACUUAAUUUAAAGGCAGAACAGUCGAGAAAGGAACUGGAUAAAGUUGUGAAGACAGCAAUCAAGGAGGAAACUGAAAAGGUUGCAGCUGUGAAACAGCUGGAAGAGAGCAAAACCAAAAUAGAAAACCUUUUGGACUGGCUGUCAAAUGUGGACCAAGACUCGGAAAGGGCAGGGCUAACACAGAAACAGGUCGUGGAACAGAAUGGGACUCAUUUUCAAGAAGGUGACGGCAAGUCGGCGAUCGGAGAAGAGGAUGAAGUUAAUGGCAACCUGUUGGAAACAGAUGUGGAUGGGCUGGUUAGAGAGAAGAAUUCCACAGGGGAGAAUCUGAACCAGCAGUACCAGAAAGUUAAGGCCCAGCAUGAGAAGAUCGUCUCUCAGCACCAAGCUGUCCUCGUGGCCACUCAGUCCGCACAAGCCUUGCUUGAGAAACAGGGUCACUAUCUCUCUCCCGAGGAGAAAGAGAAACUGCAAAAGAACAUGAAGGACCUGAAAGCGCAUUACGAAACUGCACUGGCUGAGUCGGAAAAGCAAAUGAAGUUAACGCAUUCUCUGCAGGAAGAACUGGAGAAGUUUGAUGCCGACUACAGCGAGUUUGAGCACUGGCUGCAGCAGUCGGAGCAAGAACUCGAAAACCUGGGGGCAGAUGCAGAUGACUUCGCUGGUUUAAUGACCAAACUGAAGAGGCAGAAGAGUUUCUCAGAAGAUGUCAUUUCUCACAAAGGGGACUUGAGGUACAUCACAAUUUCUGGAAACAGGGUGUUAGAAGCAGCCAAAUCUUGCAGCCGAGGAGACGGAGCUGGCAAGGCUGACCAGCAGAGUAACAUCGACACUUCGGCCACUCACAGAGAAGUCCAGGGCAAACUGGACCAGGCCACCGAUCGGUUCAGGUCUCUCUACUCUAAGUGCAGUGUCCUUGGGAAUAAUCUUAAAGAUCUGGUGGAUAAAUACCAACACUACGAAGAUGCUUCAUGUGGACUUCUUUCUGAGCUCCAGGCCUGCCAGGUCACAGCGAGCAAACACUUAUCUGAACCCAUUGCGGUGGACCCUAAAAAUCUGCAAAGGCAAUUAGAAGAGACCAAGGCUCUACAAGGACAGAUAUCAAGUCAACAGGUUGCUGUAGAGAAACUGAAAAAAACAGCCGAAGUGCUUUUAGAUGCCAGGGGAUCUUUGCUUCCAGCCAAGAAUGAGAUCCAGAAAACACUGGAUGACAUUGUUGGGAGAUACGAUGAUCUGGCCAAGUCUGUUAAUGAACGCAAUGAAAAACUCCAGAUAACCUUGACCCGCUCCCUGAGUGUACAGGACGGCCUGGAUGACAUGCUCGGCUGGAUGGCAGGUGUGGAAAGUUCUCUGAGAGAACAAGGUCAAGUGCCCUUAAACUCUGCUGCUCUCCAGGAUGUCAUCAGUAAAAACAUCAUGCUGGAACAGGACAUCGCGAGUCGCCAGGGCAGUAUAAAUGCCAUGAAUGAAAAAGUGAAGAAGUUUAUGGAAACAACAGACCCGUCUACCGCAUCCUCACUGCAAGCCAAAAUGAAUGACUUGUCUGUUCGGUUCUCAGAAGCAAGCCAUAAACAGAAAGAGAAACUUGCGAAAAUGGAGGAGCUGAAAACCAAAGUAGAACUGUUUGAGAACCUCUCAGAAAAGCUUCAAACGUUUUUAGAGACAAAAAGUCAGACCCUCACUGAGGCAGAUGUGCCAGGAAAAGAUGUUACUGAGUUGUCUCAGUAUAUGCAGGAAUCAACUUCUGAAUUCUUACAACGCAAGAAAGAUCUGGAAGUUUUGCACAGUCUCUUGAAGGAGAUAUCCAACCAUGGCUUGCCAGGUGAUAAGGCCCUGGUUUUUGAAAAAACAAAUAAUUUGUCCAAGAAAUUCAAAGAAAUGGAGGAUACCAUCAAGGAAAAGAAAGAAGCUGUGUCUUCUUGUCAAGAACAGAUGGAUGCUUUCCAAGUCCUGGCUGAAUCAUUAAAGUCAUGGAUAAAAGAAACCACAGAAAGAGUUCCCAUUGUGCAGCCUUCUUUUGGUGCAGAUGACUUAGGAAAAUCUUUGGAAGAAACUAAGAAAUUGCAAGAAGAGUGGAGUUUAAAAACACCAGAGAUUCAGAAGGUAAACAGCAGUGGGAUCUCACUAUGUAACCUAAUAAGUGCCUUGACCACCCCUGCAAAGGCGGUAGCGGCAGUUACAUCAGGUGGAGUAAUGUUAAAUGGUGAAGGAACAGCCACAGAUACUCAGGAAAUUUUGGCAAAUAAAGGAUUAACAUCUAUUAAAAAAAAUAUGACCGACAUAAAUCACGGUUACGAAGAGCUUGGCCUCUUACUUAAGGAUAAAAUAACCGAACUGAAUAGUAAACUCACCAAAUUGCAAACGGCUCAGGAGGAAUCAAGCGCCAUGAUGCAGUGGUUACAGAAGAUGAACAAAACCGCAACCAAAUGGCAUCAGGCACCCACACCUACAGACACCGAAGCUGUGAAGACCCAAGUUGAGCAGAAUAAGUCAUUUGAGGCCGAACUGAAGCAGAAUGUAAACAAAGUGCAGGAGUUGAAAGACAAGCUGACAGACCUGUUGGAGGAGAACCCGGACACUCCCGAGGCCCCCAAGUGGAAGCAGAUGUUGACUGAAAUAGAAUCUAAGUGGCAAGAACUCAAUCAAUUAACAGUUGAUAGACAACAAAAACUGGAAGAGUCCUCCAACAAUCUAACUCAAUUCCAGACUGUAGAGGCUCAGUUAAAACAGUGGCUUGUGGAAAAAGAACUGAUGGUCAGUGUUCUUGGGCCCCUGUCAAUUGACCCAAACAUGCUGAACACACAAAGGCAGCAGGUGCAGAUUCUGCUGCAAGAAUUUGAUACUCGGAAACCUCAAUAUGAGCAGCUCACAGCAGCUGGCCAGGGCAUUCUGAGCCGGCCUGGCGAACACCCUUCCUUCCAUGGAAUUGUGAAAGAGCAGCUAGCAGCUGUGACCCAGAAAUGGGACAGCCUAACAGGACAAUUGAGUGACAGAUGUGACUGGAUUGAUCAAGCCAUUGUUAAAAGCACACAGUAUCAAAGCCUGCUGAGAAGCCUUUCUGAUAAACUGAGUGAUCUGGAUAAUAAACUCAGCAGCAGCACGCCUGUGAGCACACACCCCGACGCUGUGAAGCAGCAGUUGGAAGCAGCCCAAAAAAUGCAGCAGGAACUAGAGCAGAAAAGGAAGCAGAUAAAAGUGGCCCAGGCCCUCUGUGAGGACUUGUCAGCCCUGGUUAAAGAAGAGUACUUGAAAGCAGAACUCAGUAGGCAACUGGAAGGCAUCUUAAAAUCAUUUAAGGAUAUUGAACAAAAAGCAGAGAAUCAUGUCCAGCACCUUCAGUCAGCCUGUGCCAGCUCUCAUCAAUUUCAGCAAAUGUCUAGAGAUUUUCAGGCGUGGCUGGACACAAAGAAAGAAGAGCUAAGCACAUCUCAACCGAUAUCAGCCAAACUCCAUGUCUUGGAGUCAUUAAUUAAAGAUCAGAAAGACUUCCGUAAAACUUUGACUGCUAAGUCCAGUAUUUAUGAAAAAACCAUUGCAGAAGGUGAAAACCUGUUAUUAAAAACACAAGGGUCUGAGAAGGCAGCCUUACAGUUACAACUUAACACAAUUAAAGCCAGUUGGGAUGGAUUUAAUAAGCAGGUGAAAGAAAGAGAAGACAAAGUGAAAGAUUCAUUGGAAAAAGCCCUCAAGUAUAAAGAGCAUGUGGAAACUCUUCGGCCAUGGAUAGAUAAGUGUCAGAAUAACCUGAAGGAGCUAAAAUUUUGCCUGGAUCCUGCUGAAACAGAGAAGUCGAUUGCCAAGUUAAAGUCUCUGCAGAAGGAAAUGGACCAGCGCUUUGGAAUGAUAGAAUUGCUGAACAACGCAGCCAAUAGCUUGCUCAGUGUUUGUGAGACAGAUAAAGAGGUUGUUACAGAUGAGAAUAAGUCACUGAACCAGAAGGUAGAUGUGGUCACUGAACAACUUCACAGUAAGAAAUUCUUUCUGGAGAACAUGGCCCAGAAGUUUAAAGAAUUUCAAGAAGUGUCCAAAGAAGCUAAACGGCAGCUCCAGUGUGCAAAGGAACAGCUAGAUGUCCAUGAUUCUCUGGGUCCCCAGGCUUACAGUAACAAGUACCUGACCAUGUUGCAGACUCAGCAGAAAUCACUGCAGAUCUUGAAGCAUCAGGUAGAUUUGGCCAAAGGGCUUGCACAGGACCUUGUGGCGGAAGCCUCAGACUCAAAGGGAGCCUCUGAUGUUUUAUUACAAGCAGAAACCUUAGCUCAAGAGCAUAGUGCCCUAAGCCAGCAGGUUGAUGAGAAGUGUUCAUUCUUAGAAACCAAGCUUCAGGGCAUUGGGCAUUUCCAGAAUACCAUCCGAGAAAUGUUUUCUCAGUUUGCAGAAUUUGAUGAUGAACUGGAUAGCAUGGCCCCAGUGGGGAGAGAUGUAGAAACAUUGCAAAAGCAAAAGGAGACUAUUACAGCCUUCCUGAAGAAACUAGGAGCCCUCAUAGCUAACAAUGACAAUGCCAAUAAAACCUGCAGGAUGAUGCUGGCCACGGAAGAACCGUCUCCUGAUCUUGUUGGAAUCAAAAGGGACUUGGAGACUUUAAGCAAACAGUGCAACAAGUUGCAGGAUCGAGCACAAGCCAGAGAAAAGCAGGUUGAAGGGACAGUUGAGCGUCUUGGUGAAUUUUACAGCAAACUGAAGGAAUUUUUUACUCUGCUUCAGAAAGCCGAAGAACAUGAAGAGUCUCAAGGCCCUGUUGCUAUGGAAACAGAGACAAUCAACCAACAGCUUAACGUGUUCAAGGUAUUCCAAAAGGAAGAGAUCGAACCCUUGCUGGUUAAACAGCAAGAAGUAAACUGGUGGGGUCAGGGCCUCAUUCAGAGCGCUGCUAACAGCACCAGCACCCAGGGUUUGGAGCGGGACCUGGAUGAUGUCAACACAAGGUGGAAGACGCUCAAUAAAAAGGUGGCUCAGAGAGCAGCCCAGCUGCAGGAGGCCCUGUUGCACUGUGGGCGGUUCCAGGAUGCCCUGGAGUCCCUGCUCAGCUGGAUGGUGGACACGGAGGAGCUUGUGGCCAAUCAGAAGCCGCCGUCGGCCGAGUUCAAGGUGGUGAAGGCCCAGAUACAAGAGCAGAAGCUUCUGCAAAGAUUGCUGGAUGACCGCAAGUCCACUGUGGAGGUAAUCAAACGGGAAGGAGAAAAAAUUGCUGCCACAGCAGAACCUGCAGAUAAAGUCAAGAUUUUGAAACAGCUGAGUCUCUUGGACAGUAGGUGGGAGGCAUUGCUCAGUAAAGCUGAGACAAGGAAUCGUCAGUUGGAAGGUAUCUCGGUGGUGGCGCAGCAAUUUCACGAAACCUUAGAACCUCUGAAUGAGUGGCUUACAACCAUAGAAAAGAGGCUGGCGAACUGUGAGCCCAUAGGAACCCAAGCAUCAAAACUCGAGGAACAAAUUGCACAGCACAAAGCCUUAGAAGAUGACAUCAUCAAUCACAAUAAACAUUUACACCAGGCUGUUAGCAUUGGCCAGUCCUUAAAGGUUUUGAGCUCCAGGGAGGAUAAAGAUAUGGUGCAGAAUAAAUUAGACUCCUCUCAAGUGUGGUACAUUGAGAUUCAAGAGAAAAGUCACAGCAGGUCUGAGCUGCUCCAGCAGGCCCUGUGUAAUGCUAAGAUUUUUGGGGAAGACGAAGUGGAACUGAUGACGUGGCUGAACGAAGUGCACGGCAAACUGAGCAGGCUCUCAGUCCAGGACCACAGCACCGAGGGCCUGUGGGAGCAGCAGUCUGAGCUUCGGGUUCUGCAAGAGGACAUACAACUCAGAAAACAAAAUGUAGAUCAGGCAUUACUAAAUGGCUUAGAGCUACUUAAACAAACAACAGGUGAUGAAGUUUUAAUAAUUCAAGAUAAAUUGGAAGCCAUUAAAGCAAGGUACAAAGAUAUUACUAAAUUGAGCGCGGAUGUAGCCAAGACUCUGGAGCAGGCCCUGCAGCUCUCAAGCCAGCUGCACUCCACCCACGAAGAGCUCUGCACCUGGCUGGACAAGGUGGAGGUGGAAUUACUUUCAUACGAAACUCAGGUUCUGAAGGGAGAAGCCGCAAGCCACGCACAAGUGCGACAAAAAGAGCUGAAAAAGGAAGCUAAGGACAGCAAGGCCUUACUGGACUCCCUUAACGAAGUGAGCAGUGCUUUGCUGGAACUGGUCCCGUGGCGGGCAAGGGAAGGACUUGAAAAGAUGGUGGCCGAGGACAAUGAGCGCUACCGACUGGUGAGCGACACCAUCACUCAGAAGGUGGAGGAGAUCGAUGCUGCCAUUCUGAGGUCACAGCAGUUUGACCAAGCAGCUGAUGCUGAGUUAUCCUGGAUUGCUGAAACAGAAAAGAAAUUGAUGUCUCUGGGUGACAUCAGGCUUGAGCAAGACCAGACCGCUGCCCAGCUGCAGGUUCAAAAGACAUUCACCAUGGAAAUUUUGAAACACAAAGAUAUUAUUGAUGAACUUGUUAAAUCUGGACAUAAAGUCAUGACCACAUGCAGUGAAGAGGAAAAGCAAUCGAUGAAGAAAAAACUGGACAAGGUGUUGAAGAACUAUGACACCAUCUGCCAGAUAAACUCAGAGAGGUAUCUACAGCUAGAAAGGGCACAGUCCCUGGUUAACCAGUUCUGGGAAACAUAUGAGGAACUUUGGCCAUGGCUGACAGAAACACAAAGAAUCAUCGCUCAGCUUCCUGCCCCAGCCCUUGAGUAUGAAACUCUAAGACAACAACAGGAAGAACACCGGCAACUGCGAGAGUUGAUAGCCGAACACAAGCCUCAUAUAGAUAAGAUGAACAAAACUGGGCCGCAACUAUUGGAAUUGAGCCCAGAGGAAGGCUUUUCUAUCCAAGAGAAGUAUGUGGCAGCCGACACCCUUUACAGUCAAAUAAAAGAAGAUGUCAAAAAGCGAGCUGUGGCACUGGACGAAGCCGUUUCUCAAUCUACUCAGUUCCAUGACAAGAUAGACCAGAUUCUUGAGAGCCUGGAUCGCGUCGCGGAGCGCUUGAGGCAGCCGCCCUCUAUCUCUGCCGAGGUGGAGAAGAUCAAGGAGCAGAUCAGUGAAAACAAGAACGUGUCGGUAGACAUGGAGAAGCUACAGCCAUUGUAUGAAACUCUUAAACAGAGGGGAGAGGAAAUGAUUGCUCGGUCUGGGGGCACUGAUAAAGACAUUUCUGCCAAAGCUGUUCAGGAUAAGCUUGACCAAAUGGUUUUCGUUUGGGAGAACAUACACACGCUGGUGGAAGAAAGGGAAGCCAAACUCCUGGACGUGAUGGAAUUAGCAGAAAAGUUCUGGUGUGAUCACAUGUCAUUGGUGGUUACCACUAAAGAUACUCAAGAUUUCAUCCGGGAUCUGGAGGAACCUGGAAUUGAUCCCUCAGUAGUGAAACAACAGCAGGAAGCAGCAGAGGCCAUAAGGGAAGAAAUAGACGGACUACAGGAAGAGCUGGACAUAGUUGUUAACCUGGGUUCUGAACUCAUCGCCGCAUGUGGGGAGCCUGAUAAACCCAUUGUCAAGAAGAGCAUAGAUGAGUUAAAUUCAGCAUGGGAUUCUCUAAAUAAAUCGUGGAAAGACCGCGUGGAGAGACUCGAGGAGGCGAUGCAGGCUGCGGUUCAGUACCAGGACGGACUGCAGGCAAUAUUCGACUGGGUAGAUAUUGCAGGUGGUAAAUUAGCUUCAAUGUCCCCCGUCGGAACAGAUCUUGAAACUGUAAAGCAGCAGAUUGAAGAAUUAAAGCAAUUUAAGUCAGAGGCCUAUCAACAACAGAUAGAAAUGGAAAGACUGAACCAUCAAGCAGAGCUUUUGCUGAAGAAAGUAACAGAAGAAAGUGACAAACACACUGUGCAAGACCCACUCAUGGAACUGAAAUUGAUAUGGGAUAGUCUGGAUGAGAGAAUUAUCAACCGACAGCAUAAGCUGGAGGGUGCCCUAUUAGCCCUGGGGCAGUUCCAACAUGCUCUGGAUGAGCUGUUGGCCUGGCUGACGCACACUGAGGGAUUGCUGAGUGAACAGAAACCUGUCGGAGGUGACCCUAAGGCCAUUGAAAUUGAACUUGCCAAGCAUCAUGUGCUCCAAAAUGAUGUACUAGCUCAUCAGUCCACAGUGGAAGCUGUUAAUAAAGCAGGAAAUGAUCUAAUUGAAUCAAGUGCUGGAGAAGAAGCAAGCAGCCUUCAGAGCAAACUGGAGGUUUUAAAUCAACGCUGGCAAAAUGUUUUGGAAAAAACAGAACAAAGGAAGCAGCAGCUGGAUGGUGCCUUGCGCCAGGCCAAAGGGUUUCACGGCGAAAUUGAGGAUUUGCAGCAGUGGCUGACCGACACAGAGCGCCAUCUGUUAGCAUCUAAACCCCUGGGAGGUUUGCCAGAAACGGCCAGGGAGCAGCUCAAUGCCCACAUGGAAAUCUGUGCUGCCUUUGCUGUUAAAGAAGAAACGUAUAGGAGUCUGAUGCAGAAGGGCCAACAGAUGCUUGCAAGAUGCCCCGAAUCUGCAGAGACAAAUAUUGACCAAGACAUAAAUAACUUGAAAGAAAAAUGGGAAUCGGUGGAAACCAAACUCAAUGAAAGGAAAAUUAAACUGGAAGAAGCCCUCAACUUGGCAAUGGAGUUCCACAAUUCUCUCCAAGACUUCAUCAACUGGCUCACCCAGGCUGAGCAGACCCUGAACGUAGCUUCUCGGCCAAGUCUUAUCCUGGACACAGUCUUAUUUCAAAUUGAUGAACACAAGGUCUUUGCCAAUGAAGUCAAUUCUCACCGUGAGCAGAUAAUAGAGCUGGAUAAAACUGGAACCCACCUGAAAUAUUUUAGCCAGAAACAAGAUGUUGUCCUCAUUAAGAAUCUACUUAUCAGUGUACAAAGCCGAUGGGAAAAAGUGGUUCAACGGUUAGUAGAAAGAGGAAGAUCUUUGGAUGAAGCAAGGAAGAGGGCCAAGCAGUUCCAUGAAGCUUGGAGUAAACUCAUGGAGUGGCUGGAAGAGUCAGAAAAGUCUCUGGAUUCCGAACUGGAAAUUGCCAAUGAUCCAGACAAAAUAAAAACACAGCUCACGCAGCAUAAGGAGUUUCAGAAAUCGCUCGGAGCCAAGCAUUCUGUCUACGACACCACCAACAGAACUGGACGUUCUCUGAAGGAGAAAACCUCCCUGGCUGAUGACAACCUGAAACUGGAUGACAUGCUGAGUGAACUGAGAGACAAAUGGGACACUAUCUGUGGGAAAUCUGUGGAGAGACAAAACAAAUUGGAGGAAGCUCUGUUAUUUUCCGGACAAUUCACAGAUGCCCUGCAGGCCCUCAUUGAUUGGUUAUACAGAGUUGAGCCCCAGCUGGCGGAAGACCAGCCUGUCCAUGGAGACAUCGAUUUAGUGAUGAAUCUGAUCGAUAGCCACAAGGCCUUCCAAAAGGAACUGGGGAAGAGAACCAGCAGCGUGCAGGCCCUCAAGCGCUCAGCCCGAGAGCUCAUAGAAGGCAGCCGAGACGACUCCUCCUGGGUCAAGGUCCAGAUGCAGGAGUUAAGCACACGCUGGGAGACUGUGUGCGCGCUUUCGAUAUCAAAGCAAACACGAUUAGAAGCAGCUCUGCGCCAGGCGGAGGAGUUCCACUCGGUGGUGCACGCCCUCUUGGAGUGGCUGGCUGAGGCGGAGCAAACCCUGCGUUUCCAUGGAGUUCUCCCGGACGAUGAGGAUGCUCUUCGGACACUCAUUGAUCAGCAUAAAGAAUUCAUGAAGAAACUGGAAGAAAAACGAGCGGCCCUCAACAAAGCGACCAGCAUGGGGGAUGCCGUUUUGGCCAUCUGCCACCCCGACUCCAUCACCACCAUCAAGCACUGGAUAACGAUCAUCCGGGCCAGGUUUGAGGAGGUGCUGGCCUGGGCGAAGCAACAUCAGCAGAGAUUAGCAGGCGCUCUGGCUGGGCUCAUCGCUAAGCAGGAAUUGUUGGAAGCUUUGCUGACAUGGCUGCAGUGGGCUGAAACGACACUUAGUGAGAAGGACAAAGAAGCCAUCCCCCAGGAAAUUGAAGAGGUGAAAGCCCUCAUUGCAGAACACCAGACCUUCAUGGAAGAAAUGACCAGAAAACAGCCUGAUGUGGAUAAAGUUACCAAGACCUACAAGAGGAGAACAGCUGACCCCUCCUCACUGCAGUCCCACAUCCCCGUCUUGGAUAAGGGGCGAGCAGGCAGAAAACGCUUCCCAGCAUCGAGCUUAUAUCCAUCUGGGUCACAAACACAAAUUGAAACCAAGAAUCCCAGGGUCAACUUACUGAUGAGCAAAUGGCAGCAAGUCUGGCUCCUGGCGCUGGAAAGGAGGAGGAAGCUUAACGACGCCCUGGACAGACUGGAGGAGCUGAGGGAAUUUGCUAACUUUGAUUUCGAUAUCUGGCGCAAAAAAUACAUGCGAUGGAUGAAUCACAAGAAAUCUCGGGUGAUGGACUUCUUCAGGAGAAUUGAUAAAGAUCAGGAUGGGAAAAUAACCCGACAAGAAUUUAUUGAUGGCAUUCUUUCCUCAAAGUUCCCAACCAGCCGCCUGGAGAUGAGCGCAGUGGCGGACAUCUUCGACAGGGACGGCGACGGGUACAUCGACUACUACGAGUUUGUGGCCGCCCUGCACCCCAAUAAAGAUGCAUACAAACCCGUCACUGACGCUGACAAAAUCGAAGAUGAGGUGACGAGGCAGGUAGCUAAGUGUAAAUGUGCAAAACGAUUUCAAGUUGAACAGAUUGGAGACAACAAAUACAGGUUCUUCCUGGGAAAUCAGUUUGGAGACUCCCAGCAACUGCGACUCGUUCGGAUCCUGCGAAGCACCGUGAUGGUCCGUGUUGGAGGUGGAUGGAUGGCACUGGAUGAGUUCUUAGUGAAAAAUGAUCCCUGCCGGGUUCAUCAUCAUGGGAGUAAAAUGUUACGUUCGGAAUCAAACUCUUCAAUUACUACUACUCAGCCUACUAUAGCUAAAGGAAGGACGAACAUGGAACUGCGGGAGAAGUUCAUCUUGGCAGACGGUGCCAGUCAGGGUAUGGCUGCUUUCCGGCCCCGGGGCCGAAGAUCGCGGCCUUCAUCGCGAGGAGCUUCGCCCAACCGAUCAACGUCCAUGUCCAGUCAGGCCGGCCAGGCGGCCUCCCCGCAGGUCCCUGCCACCAGCACACCCAAGAUUCUCCAUCCUUUAACACGCAAUUACGGUAAACCAUGGUUGACAAACAGCAAAAUGUCAACUCCUUGUAAGCCAGCAGAGUGCUCAGACUUUUCCGUGCCAUCUGCAGAGGGAACACCUAUACAAGGCAGCAAGCUUCGACUUCCGGGGUAUUUAUCAGGGAAAGGCUUCCACUCCGGGGAAGACAGUGGCUUGAUCACAACUGCAGCAGCCCGAGUCCGGACACAGUUUGCUGGUGAGUGUGACCCCAAGAAGACUCCCAGCCGACCAGGAAGCCGAGCUGGAAGCAAGGCCGGGAGCAGGGCCAGCAGCCGCCGUGGCAGUGAUGCGUCAGACUUUGACAUUUCAGAAAUCCAGUCCGUGUGCUCAGACGUGGAGACUGUCCCCCAGACACACAGGCCUUCGCCCCGAGCGAGUUCUCGGCCAUCCACAGCCAAGCCUUCCAAAAUCCCCACACCCCAGAGGAAGUCACCUGCCAGUAAAUUGGACAAAUCCUCAAAGAGAUAGUGCAAUUGGUUCCACCAAGGUCCUUCCUUGAGCAUUUAUUAUUUAAGUUUGAAAGAUGUAAAAUAUGAUGUAGAAAUUAUUGUGAAAUAUUGCAAGAGGUGAGUUUAAAAUUCUGCAGAUGGCCUUAUUUGUGUAUUUGUCUUUUUAUUUUAUCUGUAUAAUUUUUUUGUCAGAUACUCUGGGGUUAAAGUCACGUCAUAUGUGAGGGGGAGGAUAGAGUUUAACAUACACUAACAUUUCUGCACUGUGCAUCUCGAGUACACACUAAAAUCAAUUCCUGUACCUGCAGGUAAGUCCACACCCUCUGAUGUAAGCCACAGCCCUCCAUCGGUAGCUAACGUUAAGGAUACCUCAUGACUUUCUCUUGCUUUCAUAAACGCUCUGAAAUGCAGAUAGACACACACAGAUGCAUUUCGAUAUGAUUUAAAUAUAAACCCAAAGCUGGAGGGCAAAAAGAUAAACACAUCUGCACAGGUACUCAAGCUGUGUGUGACAGAGAGCAGAGAGCUCCCAGGUAGUCACUGUAAGCACUUGCCCGUGCUCUGAUGUCAGGAACCUUACACCAUUGCUGUGCCAUUGCUUCCCAUGAGGCCAGAGGUGUCCUGGAUGUUAGAACUAUUAUACUGUAAGAAUAUAAUUAUAAAGUGCAUUCAUAUAAAUGUGAGGUUUUCUUUCGCUUGAGUGGACAGCAGCACCUGUAUCAUCGAACUCAUUUUUGUAUCAAAGCAAUUUUGCUUGCAGAAAGCUAUGAAAUAAAACAUGUCCCUUAACUACACUGCUAUGGAAUUAAUUUUUUUCCCCCAGGGAAAAAUCAGUGUAUUUUUUUAUGAGCAAUAUCAAUUUGGAGUGACCAAAAAAUACUUAAAAAUGGGUUUAUUUUGAUUUCUCAUCUAAAAUAAUCAUGUUCUGGUAUUAUAUCUAUAUUUAAUAAAUAUAUACAUUUUAACUUAUUAUGUAUACUCACAAUAGAAAGAUACUAGUAUGCAUUUAAUAAAACAUAUUCACUUGAACAUAUGGAAUACCUGAUUAUUUAAAGUGAACUUUUCUGUUUGUUUUUUUGUUUGUUUAAAUUAAAACUUAUAUGUACGAUAUAUUUUUUACUAACAAUGUAACUAAGGCUAAGCUCAGGGGACAUCAAUUGCAGGAAUAUGAUAUUAUAAUAAAUAUAUAAUAAAAUUACAUUACCCACUAAUUUACAAAUAUAUUUAAUAAGGGCCAACCGUGUGCCAUCCAGUUGGUGACCUUGAGGCUGCAGGGCCCCAGCCCUCUUACAUUCAAGGGGGAAAGAGUUAAUAAACAAAUCACCAAAAAACAUGAGCUAAAACCAGGGUGACAGGGUGGCUGAUUUUAUGACAGUAAUACAAUAAUAGUCUUCUGGUCUAUGUACCUUUAGAAGGCAAAUGAUAGAAUUUUCCUAAAUAUAAAAAUGGUAUCAAAUAUAAGUACAAGUAUGGCAGAUUGUUACUUUGGGCAUGACAGGUCAUGACUCUCUCUAUAAAUUUGUAAGUUUAUUUCAGCAAAUGGCAGCAGUGGUGUUCAGGUUCAAGGGGAAGUACUGUGUGUUCCCCGCGCGGCCUUUUUCAUGGAGGCCAAGGCAAAAGAGACUGGAAUUCCCACUGACGGAAAUUAGGUGCCACUUUUAAGUGAUAGUAAUUCCUUCUCUCUGAAAGCAUGGGUCUCAGGUGGUAGCCUUGAUGGGAAGGGUAAUUCUAACCUAAGAGAUCACAUGCUAUGAUGCAUGCAUUUGAGUAUAAGCCUGUCACCCAAGAAGACAGCUGAAAUUGUUGUUAUUCCUUUGGUGCCUUUGCAUGUGAUCCCGUUUCUACUUCAAAGACAAAUUUAAGAGAAUGAUUUUAUCUCAGCCCUUUUGAAUACCACCCCUGUUAAAGACCUAGGGGUUUUACUUUUUUUUUUUUUUUUUAGUAAUAAAAUAACCUCUUGGAGAAAAAUAUGUGGUUUAAAAAUUUCAGAGAAAUCUUAAGGAACUGCUCCUAGUUAUCAGCAAUUGCCCUCAGGGGUAGCUUUUCAAACUCUGAUGCCUCACUCAUACUGUUUCAUCUUGAACUAAUCCUGGAGCCUUAGGCCGAGUUCAGAAAAGUCCUGCAGUUUCAGUGAACACAGCAGGCACACACACCUCUACUCCUCAACGCAUUUCUGUCCUUUACCUUUUCUUUUUACGUUUUCUUUUUCCUUCCUGCCUGCCUUAAAGAAAAAACAAACUUUGGAAUGAAUCUCAGUUCUAAAUAUUUUAGUGUAAAUAUUGGUUCUGUUAAGAGAGGAAUUUAGGCAUAUUAAAAUUUUUAAGAGUUUAUUUGAGCAAAACCUGAUUGGAAUCGGGUAGCUCCAAACCGGAAGUGCUUAGGGGUACUCCACUAACAGGAGCUCAGAGACAGACUUGUAGAAAGAAAAUGCAGGAGCAAAGCCAGGAAAUUAUGGAUGGGCUAUACAGCUUUAAAGCCUAGUUGGCUGGCUGUGCACCUUUGUCCUUAGCGGUUUGAUUUUGUGACCUUGAGGAAUUUACAGGCUUAGCUUUGGGUUUGCUUACAUAGACUACAGUCCACCAUGGCGUUGGAGCCACCUCUGUGUAAUGGCCUCCUCAUUGAACACUUUCAGGUUAAAAGUUCUCCACUGUGGCCAUGGUAAUUCAAGAUGAUCUUUGGUAAGGUUAGCCUGCUUGUUUAGCUUUGAAACAAAGUAUUAUAUCACCUGAGGCCCCUCGCUGACCCCAGCCUGGUUUCUGUGCCGGACCCUGUCCACCCCCCCGGACUGGUCCGACCUCAGCUGGUUUCCCUACACAGACAGGAAGAGAAAUGCUUCAAUUAAGUCUGAAAUCACAAAACACAAAGGCUGUGGACCAGGGAUCAGAGGGAGACUUAGGCGCCACCCCCAGAGGCAGCUCCAGAAAGCAGGCGCUCCUGCGGCCCAACACGUACCUUUGCUGGUUCCUCCUAGCUAUGGGGGCGCAGACUGGGGACCCCUUUGGUUUCCUCUUCAGACACCGGAACUCUCAAAACAUAAACAUAUUAAAGUUUGUGAGAGUUUGAGCAGAAAUCAAUUUGAAUCCAGCAGUGCCAAGCCAGAAGUGGUUAGGAGGGCUCCCCUUACCCAGCUGGAGCUAGGGAGAGACCUUUAUAGUGGAAUUUACUUACUGGCCACAGUUUAAAGACUAGUUGGCUGCUUCUGGAGUUUGCCCCUUAGCGUUUUGAUUUCCUAACCUUGAAGCCUUUACAGGCUUAAAUUUGGGGUUGCUCACCUGAGCAGUCGCAGCAUUAGAGCCACCUCGGCCCAAGGGUCUCCCUGUUUAUUUAACAGUUCUUAAUCAUUAGAGAAUCGGGAUCAUGGAGUAGACUUUUGUGUCUUAAAAACUCAAACGACUAAUUCUUAUGUAUUGCUACCUCCUUUUCAAAUAAUAGGAUAUUCUUUUUUUGUACCAGUGCAGAAGUAGACAGGCCUGGACAGAUCUCAGGUCUGGUUCCUUUGGUAGCAAAUCUGGGUCAAAGGGCCCCGGAAGUGCCCUGUUGGCCGGAGGGAGGUUGACCUGUGAAAAUGAAACGGAAAAAAGUCUGGGAAAGGAUGUUGUUUUCCUUAUUUUGAUCAUUUUAAAACUUGUUAAUAUUUGCAACAAUAAAAAUUGUAAUGAGCUGCAGUUGUUUUCUCCUUUUAACAAAGUGUUUUGAAACGCAUGUGCUUUACUGUGAAAUGGGUGGUCUGGUGUCACCCACCAAUGCAUUUGCAAGUGCCCAAGCUAUUGUGUCUGAUGACACUGCCUUAGACUCCACCUUCUCUGCCAGUUGUGUUAGUCUUCUCUGGUGGCGUAUUUCCAUCAAUAAAAGUUUUUCGAGCAAACA